AUACAUUUUAGUUGCUUUUGGACAUUGGAGUCUUUCAGUCAUCAGUCCAGUUGUGACAACUUAGUUCACCAUGGUCAACGAAAAUCGGGCACGGAUUCGUUCCCUCUUCAUUGUCCACACGGCAAUGUUAAUUCUAACCCUGGGAAGUAGUAUUAUUUACACCGGGCUCUAUCCCUACCUCGAACUGCUGGACCCAAAUGUGAAACUGGACGAGUAUGGGUUCGUGGUGGCGGCGGAUGCAUUUGCUCAGAUGAUUUUCUCACCACUCUUUGGGAUAAUGGCAGACAAGAUGGGUCAAAUUAGGGUAGUGGCCAUCAUUUGCGCGGCCACCUUCUUUGGAGGCAAUGUCUUUUUCUGCCUGGUACCUCUUAUUCCCCGAGAAAUUGGAAGCUUGCCCAAACCCAGAGUUUGGGCUCUCUUGGUGGCCAGAUUUAUCGUCGGAAUUGGAACAGCUAUUAAUGCGGCAGCUCGGGCUUAUGUCUCUAAGGUUACCACCCUCUCAGAGAGAACUACUCAUGUGGCCUUGUUGUCCUUGUUCCAAACCUUGGGAUUCAUCAUCGGCCCAGCACUCCAAUCAGCUUUGACCCCUAUCGGGGAAAAAGAAAUCGGCGAUGGCUCGCAAUUUGUCUUCGACAUGUACACGGCCACGGGAUGGGUGAGUGCAGCGAAUGGAAUCUUGGCUCUUAUCCUAUUUAUGCCCGGAAUCUUUGUCGAGUUCUUUGAGGCUCCGGCAGAGACCGACACCGUCGAAUUGGUGGAGGAUGAGCCCGAUGAAACACAGGAUGUACCCAAACCUCUUCCUAAGGCUCUUCAAGAAAUGAAGAAAAAACCUGCCGAGCUUUUGAAACAAUUUUCACAGAUUUCUUUAGUUGAUGCACAGAGAUUGGUGGUUGAUACUCCCGAAUCGGAGAUUGAAGAGCCCAAGAAGAAAGUCGAUAUCCUGUCCGCGGUUGUUUCCACGUGGGGAUUCUUCUCGUUCUAUUGCAGUUUUGUGCUUUUGGAAACAUUGGUCACUCCUAUGGCAAUUGACCAAUUCGGCUGGAGUAAGGAAGACACUAUUCUGUAUAUUGGUAUCUCCAUGGCUGCUGGAGGAGUGUUGGCUGCCUUCUGCUUUGCGGCCAUUGGACCUUUGUCGAAGCGGUUUGACGAGAGACUGAUUCUGAUUAUUCUUGGCAUCAUUCCCAUGAUUGUGGGACGAUUAGUCAUGAUGCCAAUAGGUUCCAAAAUGCCCCCACUUCGUGGAAACCUCACUAUAUGCGAUAACUAUGACCCAAGCAUGAAUUUGACUUCAAUGAUUGGUUCGGAAAAUCGUGCCGGACCAUCCGAUGAGGUGGGAUGCCCUUAUUGUUGGUGUCUGGAUAUUCCGCAGAUGUCCGUUCUUCAGUUCAUGAUUGGAUUUGCUAUCGUUGUCAUUGGGUAUCCGUUCUGCAUCGCCAUUUCUGGAUCCCUCUUUAGUAAAAUUGUGGGCAAGCAUGCUCAGGGAUUCUGGAUGGGAUUAUUGACAAUGGCUGGCAGUUGUGCCCGAGUGGUGGGUCCGAUUCUAUUCACGUGGCUCUAUGAACAAUUUGGUAUCUAUAUUACCUUCUCGAUUAUCGCUGCCACACUUGUCGUUUCUCUUGUCAUGUACAUUGUUACGUACAAACGUUUCAAGAUUUAGUUGCAAGCGAUCUCUGAAAAUAGAUCUCAAGAUUCCUGCCUCUUUUUCCACUCUGAGAACCAUGUGAAAUAUAAGAAUAUUUGGGUGAGCUGA